AUGGAGGGCGAAACAAAAGCAAGAAGAGGUCACUGUGUGGCGUUGGCAUAUCCAGAUCAAGGUCACAUAAACCCUUUGCUUGAGUUCUCCAAGCGUCUUCGACAUGAAGGAAUUAAUGUAACCCUCGUCUGUACUGUCUCCUACUGCACCAACUUUCACAAGCUUCCCGGUUACAAUAUUGCCCUCGAGACCAUCUCCGACGGCUUUGACGACGGUGGGAUCGACGAAGCAGAGAGGCAGAACGUCAACUAUUACAAUCGGUUACGAGAAGUAGGGACACAGACUCUUAUUGAGCUCAUUGAGAAGCUUAAUAGAACAGGAAAGCCUGUUGACUGUAUCCUUUAUGAUUCAUUCUUGCCUUGGGCUCUUGAAGUUUCGAGGAAAUUAGGAUUACUUGGGGUGAGUUUUCUGACUGAGAAUAUUGCUGUGGAUAGUAUAUACUACUUUGUGAACAAGGGAAAGCUGAAACAUCCACUUGUAAAGGAUCAAAAAAUUUCUCUUCCUGGAUUGCCUUCUCUUGAGCCUCGGGAUUUGCCUACUUUCUUGUAUGAACGUGAACCGGGAGAUCCAGUGUUGGGUUUGUUGGUGGGUCAGUUCUCCAACAGUGAGCAAGCUGAUUGGAUUCUCUGCAAUUCCUUCUACGAGCUUGAAAUUGAGGUUGCCGAUUGUAUGAAAAAGUUUUGGCCAAAAUUAAGAACCAUUGGACCAACCAUACCCCACGAAUUCUUGAACAAUAACAUAAAAGUACUUGGAGAUGAAGAAGAUCAUGGAUUUGCCAAGUUUAAGAGUGAAGAAUGCACAAAAUGGUUAGACAAUCAACCAAAACAAUCAGUUGUUUAUGUAUCAUUUGGAACAAAGGUAGCUCUCACUGAAGAACAAAUGGAAGAAAUUGCAUGGGGUUUAACAGAUAGUGGGAUCGCAUUUUUGUGGGUAGUGAGAAAAUCUGAAGAAGCUAAGCUUCCUAAGAAUUUUCCCAGAAAAUCCCAGAAAAGUUUGGUGGUUUCAUGGUGUCACCAACUCAAAGUCCUAUCACAUGGGGCUAUAGGAUGCUUUGUGACACAUUGUGGUUGGAAUUCAUCGUUGGAAGCUUUGAGUUCAGGAGUGCCAAUGGUGCUUAUGCCACUUUGGAGUGAUCAAACAACCAAUGCAAAGAUGAUGAAGGAUGUCUGGAAGAUCGGAGUGAAAGCUCAGUUUGAUGAGAAAGGGAUUGUGAGAAGAGAAGCAUUGAAGAAAAGUAUUUGGGAAAUCAUGAAAGGUGAAGAAAAAGAAGGACGAGGAGGAGCAUGUGAAGUGAAUAAUGUCAUGAAAUGGAAGAAUUUGGCUGCAAAAGCUGUUAACAAGGGUGGAAGUACUUGGAACAACAUUGAAGAAUUUAUAGACAGCUUAUCUCAUCAUUCAAAAGUUAA